AUGCUGGAUCUCAAUCUCGACGUCGAGUCGACCGAGUCUACUCAGAACGGACGAGAUUCGGCUGCUUUAAAAGUGGUUUCCGGUGCUGUUAUGAAUCAGAUGGAUGAAUCGGUGACAUCGAACUCUUCUGUAGUCAAUGCCGACACAUCAAGCUGCAUCGAUGGUGAAGAGGAGUUGUGCUCCACUCGGGCCGUCAAGUUUCAAUUUGAAAUACUGAAAGGAGGAGUCGGAGAAGAUGAUGAAGAAGAAAGAAGUCCCGUAAUGACUAAGGAGUUUUUCCCUGUUGCUGCUAAAGGUGACGGAGACGGCGUAAUUUAUCUGGAUUCGAACGCACAAAGUUCCAGAAGCUCCGUUGAUAUUUCCUUCCAGAGGGGGAAACAAGGCGGAGAUUUUCUCGGUGGCGAUGUUGUAAGGGUGAUGCAGCCACCAUCACAGCCGGUGAAGAAAAGCAGGAGAGGACCUAGGUCAAAGAGUUCGCAGUAUAGAGGCGUCACUUUUUACAGGAGGACGGGAAGAUGGGAAUCUCACAUCUGGGAUUGCGGUAAACAAGUUUAUUUAGGUGGAUUUGACACCGCCCAUGCUGCAGCUAGGGCGUAUGACCGAGCUGCUGUCAAGUUCCGGGGUUUGGAGGCUGACAUCAAUUUCAUUAUCAGCGAUUAUGAAGAGGAUAUCAAGCAGAUGGCUAAUCUUUCCAAAGAGGAAGUUGUGCAAGUACUUCGGCGUCAGAGCUCUGGUUUCUCAAGGAAUAAUUUAAGACAUCAAGGAGUUGCUAUGCAAAAAAUUGGCGGGUGGGGAGCUCAAAUGGAGCAGUUUCAUGGAAACAUGGCUUGUGACAAGGCAGCCAUAACAUGGAAUGGAAGGGAAGCUGCUUCUUUAAUUGAGCCUCAUACAUCUCGGAUGAUUCCCGAGGCAGCUAAUGUCGACCUCAACUUGGGAAUUUCUCUUUCAUUGGGAGAUGGUCCAAAGCAAAAGGAUAGGUCCCUCAGGUUUCAUCGUGUCCCUAACGGCAUCGUAUAUGGAAGGAGCUCCAAGCUGGAGAACCACAUGGCAGCAGCGACAUGUAAUACGCCUUUCAAUUUCUUGAAGAGGGGUUCGGACCAUAUUACUAACCACCAUGGCGUUCCUCCUGCGUUCUUUUCACCCACGGAAAGGACACCAGAGAAAGGCUUUAUGUCACAUCCUUCUCAAAGCUUCCAAGCCAGGACAUGGCAAGCGCAAGAUCAGUCAAGUGGUGGGACCGCUACUGUUCUCAAUGCAGCAUCAUCAGGAUUCUCACUCGCAGCAGCUACACGCCCGCCUUCAUCCACAGCUACUCUUCAUCCUUCUCAGCCCUUCUUAAAUCUGAACCUACCCGGUCUUUAUGUCAUCCACCCAGCUGAUAUUGCAUCACAGCAACACCAUCACCAUUUCAUGAACCGCCCGCAAGCUCCACCAUAA